AUGACUUCAUAUAGCUGCUGCUUGAUUCUUUUGCUGUUUACCUGGAACACUGCUGCCUAUGGGCCAAACCAAAGGGCACAGAAGAAGGGAGACAUUAUUCUAGGAGGAUUGUUCCCCAUUCAUUUUGGAGUGGCUGCUAAAGACCAGGAUCUAAAAUCAAGGCCAGAAUCAGUGGAGUGUAUAAGGUAUAAUUUCCGAGGCUUCCGCUGGCUCCAGGCUAUGAUCUUUGCCAUAGAAGAAAUAAACAGUAGCCCAACUCUCCUUCCCAACAUGACCCUGGGAUACAGGAUAUUUGACACUUGCAAUACAGUCUCGAAAGCCCUGGAGGCCACACUGAGUUUUGUGGCCCAGAACAAGAUAGACUCCCUGAACCUGGAUGAAUUCUGUAACUGCUCUGAACAUAUCCCUUCCACCAUUGCAGUCGUGGGAGCAACUGGAUCUGGCAUCUCCACUGCUGUGGCCAAUCUGCUGGGACUCUUUUACAUACCUCAGGUCAGCUAUGCCUCAUCCAGUCGUCUCCUGAGCAAUAAGAACCAGUUCAAGUCCUUCCUGCGCACAAUCCCCAACGAUGAGCAUCAGGCCACAGCUAUGGCAGAUAUCAUAGAAUACUUUCGCUGGAACUGGGUGGGAACAAUCGCAGCUGAUGAUGACUAUGGCCGGCCAGGGAUUGAAAAAUUUCGGGAAGAGGCAGAGGAGAGAGAUAUCUGCAUUGAUUUUAGUGAGCUCAUCUCCCAGUACUCAGAUGAAGAGGAGAUCCAGCAGGUGGUAGAGGUCAUCCAGAACUCCACAGCAAGAGUGAUCGUUGUUUUUUCCAGUGGCCCAGAUCUGGAGCCUCUCAUCAAAGAGAUUGUCAGGAGAAACAUCACUGGCAAGAUCUGGCUGGCAAGCGAGGCCUGGGCCAGCUCUUCCCUAAUAGCCAUGCCAGAAUUCUUCCGUGUCAUCGGCAGCACCAUCGGAUUUGCACUGAAGGCAGGACAGAUCCCAGGCUUUCGUGAGUUCCUGCAGAAGGUGCAUCCCAAGAAGUCCACCAACAACGGCUUUGCCAAGGAGUUUUGGGAGGAGACAUUUAACUGCUAUCUCCCUGAUGGGUCGAAAAAUUCUCCUGCUUCAACUUCCUUCCACAAAGGCCAUGAAGAGGGGCUGGGAGCUGGAAAUGGAACAUCUGCCUUUCGACCUCAAUGCACAGGGGAUGAGAACAUCACUAGCGUGGAGACACCGUACCUGGACUACACACACUUGCGGAUAUCCUAUAACGUGUACUUGGCGGUGUAUUCCAUCGCCCAUGCCUUGCAGGAUAUUUAUACCUGUACCCCUGGGAAGGGACUCUUCACCAACGGGUCCUGUGCAGACAUAAAGAAGGUGGAGGCAUGGCAGGUUCUCAAGCAUCUGCGACACUUAAAUUUCACCAAUAACAUGGGGGAGCAAGUGGAUUUUGAUGAGUUUGGGGACCUGGUAGGAAAUUACUCAAUAAUCAAUUGGCAUCUCUCUCCGGAGGAUGGCUCAGUCGUCUUUGAAGAGGUUGGGCACUACAACGUUUAUGCCAAGAAGGGGGAGAGGCUUUUUAUCAAUGAAAACAAGAUCCUAUGGGGUGGAUUUUCUAAGGAGGUGCCUUUCUCCAACUGCAGCAGGGACUGCCUGCCGGGCACAAGGAAGGGUAUCAUUGAGGGGGAGCCCACCUGCUGCUUCGAGUGUGUGGACUGCCCCGACGGGGAGUACAGUGAUGAGACAGAUGCAAGUGCCUGUGACAAGUGCCCUGAGGAUUACUGGUCCAAUGAGAACCACACAUCCUGCAUCCCUAAGCAGAUAGAGUUUCUGGCCUGGACUGAGCCCUUUGGGAUUGCUCUGACUCUCUUUGCUGUGCUUGGAAUUUUCCUGACUUCUUUUGUUCUGGGAGUCUUCACCAAAUUUCGCAACACACCCAUUGUCAAGGCCACAAACCGGGAGCUAUCCUACCUCCUCCUCUUUUCCUUGCUAUGCUGCUUCUCCAGCUCAUUGUUCUUCAUUGGUGAGCCCCAGAAUUGGACUUGCCGUCUGCGGCAGCCAGCUUUUGGAAUCAGCUUUGUCCUCUGCAUCUCCUGCAUCCUGGUGAAAACCAACCGUGUCCUUCUUGUCUUCGAGGCAAAGAUCCCCACGAGUCUCCACCGAAAGUGGUGGGGCCUCAACCUUCAGUUCCUCCUGGUCUUCUUGUGCACAUUUGUGCAGAUUGUCAUCUGUGUGAUUUGGCUUUAUACGGCCCCACCAUCCAGUUACCGAAACCAUGAACUGGAAGAUGAGAUCAUCUUCAUCACCUGCCAUGAAGGCUCCCUGAUGGCACUUGGCUUCCUCAUUGGCUACACCUGCCUACUGGCAGCCAUCUGUUUCUUCUUCGCCUUCAAGUCUCGAAAGCUGCCUGAGAAUUUUAACGAGGCCAAGUUCAUCACCUUCAGCAUGCUGAUAUUCUUCAUCGUGUGGAUCUCCUUCAUCCCUGCUUACGCCAGCACAUAUGGCAAGUUCGUGUCUGCUGUGGAGGUGAUUGCAAUACUGGCUGCCAGCUUCGGGCUUCUGGCCUGCAUCUUCUUCAACAAAGUCUACAUCAUCCUCUUCAAGCCCUCCCGCAACACAAUCGAGGAGGUGCGCUGCAGCACAGCUGCCCACGCUUUCAAAGUGGCUGCCAGGGCCACACUGAGACGCAGCAACGUGUCCCGCAAGCGCUCCAACAGCCUAGGGGGCUCCACUGGUUCCACCCCUUCCUCCUCCAUUAGCAGCAAGAGCAACCACGAGGACCCUUUUCCUCUACCAGCCUGCGCCGAGCGGCAGCGCCAGCAGCAGCGCGGGUGCAAGCAAAAAGUCAGCUUUGGGAGUGGAACGGUGACCCUGUCACUGAGCUUCGAGGAGCCACAGAAGAACGCCAUGGCCAACAGGAACGCCAAGCGCCGGAACUCGCUGGAGGCCCAGAACAGUGACGACAGCCUGAUGCGGCACCGGGCCCUGCUUCCCCUGCAGAUCAAUGAGCCUCUCGGGGCUGAGCCCAGCUUCCAGGCAGCUUCCAGCCCGGAGACCAGCUCGCAGGAGUCGGUGGUGGGAGACAACAAAGAAGAGGUAGCAAGCCCUGAGGCGGAGCCUUCCCUGCCAUCGGUUAACUCCCGAAAUUUUAUAGGCACUGGAGGUGGCUCUGUCACAGAGAAUACGGUACAUUCCUAA